AUGUCACCAAAAUUUGACUUAGUCGUGGUUAAUGGUAUUGUUGUCACCGCUGCAGAUGCCGUACCAUGUUGUAUUGGCAUCAAGGGUGGCAAAAUUCAUACCCUGUCGCCCUCAUUCUCCAGCGACGAGAUAGAAGGCGCUCAGAUCAUAGAUGCAGAGGGAGCGUACGUGAUGCCAGGAGGCGUCGAUGCACAUGUACACCUAUGCCAGGAUCUCAAGACAGGAGCACAUGGACUUGGAGGAGAGUGCGCUGAUGACUUCGAGACUGGGUCAAGAAGUGCCGCUGCUGGAGGCACUACCACCAUCAUAACUUUUGCGACACAGACUCGAGAUGAAACUGAUCGCAGUCUAAUCAAAGUCGUAGAGGCUUACAAUGCCAGAGCAGAGGCUACUGGCAGCUUUAUCGACUACGGCUUCCAUAUCAUCAUUGUGCGCAACGAUCCCGAGAUUCUUGAGAAUGAGUUACCAAUUCUUGUUCGAGACUGGGGCGUCACUUCCUGCAAGCUCUUCAUGACCUACAAAUCCCAGCGCCUGACCGACACGCAACUCUUAGAUGUGAUGCUUGCGUCGCAAAAGAACGAGAUAACGACGAUGAUACACGCUGAGAACGGAGAUAUGAUCCAGUGGUUGGCGGAGAAGCUUGAGAACAAGGGAAUGGUUGCUCCUUACUAUCAUGCUCUAUCUCGUCCUCCAGUGGUGGAGAUGGAAGCCACGAAUCGUGCAAUUGCGCUUGCAGGCUUGAUCGAGAACCCCAUCUUGUUUGUUCAUAUCGGAUCGCCUCUCGCCGCAGCAAACGUGCGUAAUGCACAAACUCAGGGGAUGCCCAUCUAUGCUGAGACAUGUCCUCAAUAUCUUAAUCUGACAUAUGAUGAUCUGCAAAAGUUCCACUCUCCAACCUGCUUCGAGAACAGUAAGCACAUCUGCUCUCCUCCUCCACCGCCUGGAACAUCUGAUCACGACGAACUCUACCUUGGUCUCCACAAUGGCACUUUCACCAUCUUUUCCUCAGAUCAUUGUCCGUUCAGAUAUGAUCACCCGCAUGGUAAGCCCUCAGGAGAUCUGGUCUCACGCAAACCUGGCUCCUUCCGCUUCAUUCCCAACGGCAUACCAGGAGUGGAGACAAGAAUGUCUCUGCUGUAUACUGGUGGUCUUGCCACAGGAAGAAUCACCCCGCGGAAGUUUGUAGAGCUCACAUCGACGAAUCCGUCAAAGCUGUACGGACUAUAUCCAAAGAAGGGAGCAAUAAUGCCUGGCUCGGACGCUGACCUGGUUAUCUGGCACCCUCAAAAGACUUUCGAACCCUUUGCGCUGAGCAACGAUAUGCUUCAUCAUAAUGUUGAUUAUACCCCAUACGAAGGCAAAGAGUUUGUAAAUUGGCCUCGGUAUACGAUUCUAAGAGGCAGGGUGAUCUGGGCCGAAGGAGAGCUCAAAGGCAAACCGUAUGAUGGCGAGUAUCUCAAGCGUGGACCAAGCUAUUUCGGCACGGGCCCUGCAGGAAGGCGUAGGGAUGCGAGGAAGACUGCGACAUGGUUGAGGUAG